AUGGUUCAUCUCACCCAAGUUGUUUUUGCUGGGCUGGUAGCAUGGCCGGCUGCCGUUUGUGCUGCUGCCACGGACAAGAAGCCAUGGCCUCAGGGUGUUUCUUUGAAGUCCUUCAUUGGCACUGAACAAAAGAUCGCCCUCGACGGAGUCCUCGCCAAUAUUGGACCAAACGGCGCUCGAGUCCCAGGCGCAGGACCCGGCAUCGUCAUUGCCAGUCCUACCAAGGAGAAUCCCAACUACUUCUACACCUGGACCCGCGACGCGGCCCUAACCUACAAAACCCUGGUGGACGAGUUCCUCUUCGGUAACAAGGCUCUCCAGCCCUACAUCGAAGACUACAUCCACUCGCAGGCCGUGCUGCAAACCGUCACCAACCCCUCCGGCAAGCUUCUCCCCUCGGGAGCCGGGCUGGGCGAACCCAAGUUCAAUGCCGAUGGAAGCCGGUAUAACGGCAACUGGGGCCGGCCGCAAAGAGACGGACCCGCGCUGAGAGCGAUUGCUUUGAUUGAGUAUAGCAAUUAUCUUUCACCGGCUCGCAACUCGCCUCCUCUCUGGGGUCUCUCCUGCGAAGCCUGCACCUCCCAAGCCCCGCAAAUCCUCUGCUUCCUCAACUCCCCCGCCUUCUUCGAUGCCUCCAAGGGCCAUUUGCUCGGUAACAUCAACAUCGGCUCCUUCCGAUCAGGCAUAGACGCCAACACCCUCUUGGGGCCUUUGGCCUCCUUCGACGUCAACGCGCCCUGCGAUUCCCCAACCCUACAACCUUGCCAUAGCAAGGUAUUAAGUACCUUCAAGGUCCUCGUCGAUACCUUCCGCGACCCCAAUCUAUAUCCUAUCAACGCCAACAUCCCCAAAACCAAAGGUGUCGCCCUGGGCCGCUACCCGGAGGAUAUCUACUACACCGGCAACCCGUGGUACUUGAUAACCCUCGGCGCAGCCGAACUUUUGUACGACGCGGUAGCGCAGUGGGAACGCCAGGGUUUUGUCAGUAUCGACAAAACCAACCUCGCAUUCUUCAAGUCCAUCUCCCCUUCCCCCUCCCUCGCCCGCGCAGGAACUGUCUACCGCGCCUGGCCAGUGCUCAACGUCCUCUCCCCGUUUUCCGCAAUCCUAAACGCCGUCACGGCCUACGCCGACAGUUUUGUCUCCGUCGUACAAAAGUACACCCCACCCUCCGGCUCGCUAGCGGAACAAUUCCUCAAAACUGCGCCCGGGACACCGAUCUCGGCAGAUAAUUUGACUUGGUCAUUUGCUUCCUUCCUUUCCAUGACGCAUCGCCGUAAUAAGCAGUUUCCUCCGUCUUGGGUCCCUACCUCAUCCUCUUCCCUUCUUCUUAAGCCCCCCUCCCAGUGCGCCGGCACCUCCUAUAAGGGGACCUACGCCCCAGCUACUUCGGCCGGCGCCCCCCAGCUUAAUGUGACUUGCCAAUCGACCAUCUUGUUCCAAGUCAACGCCAGCACUUACUAUGGCGAAAAUAUUUACUUGACGGGAAACUCUUCGGACUUGGGGAACUGGGAUUUGGGGCAGGCAAUUCCGAUGCAGAGUAGUAACUAUACUAGUGAAAGGCCGCUGUGGUUUGCUAAGGUGCCGUUGUCGGCGGGGGAGAAUAUCGGGUAUGCCUUUGUUAGGGAGCAGGAUUGUGGGCAGGGAUGGAUUUGGGAGAGUGCUGUCGAUGCAGGGAAUCGCACGGUAAGUGUUCCGCCUUGCGUGGUUGGCGAGGAGGAGGUUGUGAGAGGGGAGACGGAUGAUGCUUUUAGGGGCGAGGGGGGGAGGAGUGGUGGCUGCUAA